AUGGAGCUGUGGCACCCAGCCUUGCUGGGGCAUCGCUCCGUUCCCACUUUGUGGGCAUCUGCGCCAAAAAGCGAGCGUAGCGAGAGGGCGUUGGGUGAUGUAAAUCAAGUGCCAACGAGUGUUCAGGUGUACAAUGCAUGUAUAUAUAAAAAACUUCGACAAUGCAGCGAUAACUGUGGCUUGGGUCUCGAUCAUCCCACUAACCACCGAAUUGUCCUAGGAGAUCGUGGAACCAGUCUGCGUAAGUACGCGAGCUGGCGCAUAGAACUAGAACAAGCCAUUGAUAAGAAAAUUAUGAGCGCUACAGACGUAUCCAAGAUCUUAUGGGAGGCUCAGAUGGCACAUAUGGAACAACGCUAUGUGCUUUGUGCCGUUCUCCUUCGACGUGCAUCCGAGCUUGAAUCAGCAGAAGCAUGCGCUAUGCUUGCAAAGAUGUUUGGCUUCGGCGUUCAGCAGGCAGGUACCCAUCUGUUCGAAAGAGAUUCGCUCCGUGGUAUCGCAUGGGGCAUUCGUGCCCUUCAACUGGUCGUGUUAGAUAUGGAAAGAAAUGUAACAUCAAAUUCGGCCCUACAGAUUAUGUAUCAAACCCUCAAGUGGUUGUGCAUACUCGUAUGUUCAAUCGAGUCUCUCCAAGCACUCAGGGUCAUGGAUUCAUAUGCUGAUGUGUCCAUGGCACUAUUACUUUUAUUUCCCCGUUCAUGCGAGCUUUUGCACCCAGAAGCCCGCGUCAAAGACACGAUACCGGCUGAACUAACUCGUGAAUCGAUUUGGUCAGCACUCCGUGAUGUUCUUUGCAAGGUCAAGGCCACCGAGUCAAUGAAUAGGGAAGAGGAACCCGGAGACUCUGUCUCUGUAGAGCAUGAUCUGACCCAUAUCCACUUGUUCACUUUGUUCUUGGAAUCUUUCUUACUCAUGCGCAAAGCUGUCAUGGAAAAAGAAGCAGCUUUUAUGCAGGAAACGUAUGAGGCUUGGACUGAGUACUUGGCAGAGACCCGAUCCAAUUCUCAGGAGUUUACGCAAUUUCGAAAUGUGGCCUCCGAAGUCCAACAAUGGGCCGCACCGGACGCGGAACGUUCGCUCAAUCAUACGCUCAGUGAGGCAGAGAUGUCGGCCAUGUUUCAGCGCAUUUCGAGUGUGUUCCCGUUCACAUGUGCGAAGUCAAAGGAGCCACACAUCAGUGUGACUCAGAUGAAUGAGCAUCGUCUCAAGCACCAGAGAAGCCGUCGUGAUCUCCGCGCUUCUUGGAACAUUCCUCUGAGGAAACCCAUGAGCUACCCUCAGCCCUAUUCACAAAUCAAACCACCCAGUGCAUUAUCAGCGCCUUCCACUGACCAUGCGAUGAGGCACAAUACGCAGCGUUUUUUUGGCAGCACAUCUACCAAAUUGCGUGAUGUGUCCAAUGUCAUGAACCGCCGAAUUCUUUCAGCAGAUCAUGCGUGCAUGAUGGACUCGGAACCAGACGAUGAAGCACCAUACUGGAGCAGAAUGGGAGACAAAGUUGGCAAAGUCAGGCGACGACCAUCUAGCGUAUUGUCCGUCACUCCGUCUCUUAUGUUCCCUUCUAAAGCGCCAGUCGACACGAACGCACCUGGCGUUAGUGAGGCAGACACCAAGCAGGAGCAUAUUUAUGCAACAUCUAGCACGGUCGGCUCAACGUCUGAUGCUGACCGACUACGAUCACGGCUUCGAAGACAAAGUUCGCGCGCCUCGUUGCAUGCGGCCAUACAGAGUUGA